UCACUGUUGUUUCUGCGCAUGCGUGUCGGCUCAGCACUGCCACCAGUCAAAUGUUCACGUUUUGACACCAACAGCAUAGAAAAACCCGAUCGGAGAAACAUUCCUAACUGAGGACAUUUUUUUUUAUUAUAGUUGUCCCCUGACCAACCAUUGACUGAAAUUCAAGAUGAUCAAGUUUUUGAAGAUUCUAAUAGGAAGUGGCUUCGCCGUCGUUUUGAUUGUACUAACACUAGCAUCGAUGAGGACUCUAUCUCUGGACGUCAAUGUAGGACUUCAACUUGCAAAGUGGGAACAGACGAGUAACAUCUCCCUGGAUAUAGACCCCCAUAGGCGAGAGGAACUUCUAUCUCAUUUCAAAGAGGCCAUCCGCAUCCCGACGGUGUCUUUCUCCCCUACGGAAAUCAACACAACGGCAUUGCUUCGCUUCAACUUGUUUCUCCGAAGAGCCUUCCCAACAGUUUUCUCUUCAAGCUUGGUACACCAUGAAUUGGUGGCCAACUACAGCCACCUGUUUUGGGUCCCAGGAUCACAGCCCAACCUUAUGCCCUACCUGAUGUUGGCUCAUAUCGAUGUGGUGCCCGCCAGAGAGUCAGAUGGCUGGGUGGCGCCACCUUUUUCUGCCCAGGAGAUGGAUGGGUUCAUCUACGGAAGAGGGACGAUAGAUGACAAAAGCUCUUUAAUGGGAAUUCUUCAGGCCGUGGAAUACCUGCUGAUUAAAGGUUAUGCACCACGCAGAGGGUUCUACAUCGGUCUCGGCCAUGACGAAGAAAUCAGUGGUCUAAAAGGGGCCAUGAACAUUGUAAGACUGUUGAAACUGCGUAAUGUUCGUCUGGCAUUUGUCCUGGAUGAGGGUCUAGCUGUACUAGAUGGAGUCAUCAGUGGUCUCAGCGGGCCUGCUGCUUUAAUCGGGGUAAGUGAAAAAGGCUCUGCCACUGUAAAGCUGAGUGUGUCCACUCCUCCUGGUCACGCAUCAAUGCCUCCCAGGGAGAGCAGCAUCGGGAUUUUAGCUGCAGCCGUCAAAAGACUUGAGGAGAACCCCAUGCCCAGGUUAUUUGGUCGUGGACCUGAACGUGAUACCUUUGAACACUUGGCACACAAGUUUAAGCUCCCAAUGAAGUUCAUACUAUCAAAUUUAUGGCUGUUCUCUCCACUGGUUGGCAGGUUUCUUGAACAAAAACCAGACUCUAAUGCUUUUGUAAGGACGACUACAGCAGUCACAAUGUUUAAUGCCGGAGUUAAGACAAACGUCAUUCCUUCCCUUGCUGAAGCGUAUGUUAAUCUACGAAUCCAUUCAGGACAAUCAUUACAAGAGGUCCUGAACCUCAUCCAGUUUACAGUUGGGGACCAACGUGUAAAGAUCGAGCUAAUUGAAGGCUUUGAUCCUUUACCGAUCAGUUCAUCCAAUGAGACAUCAUAUGGAUUCCAAAUAAUCAAGAAAACUGUGUUGGACAUGUUUCCGUCGGUAAUAGUCGCUCCAGGUAUUUGCGUUGGGAAUACAGACAGUCGACACUUCAAAGAUCUAACUACUGAUAUUUACCGCUUUAUCCCUCUGUGGUUUAAACCGGGCGAUGCAAAGAGAUUUCAUGGCAUUAAUGAAAGGAUAUCAAGAAAGAACUAUGAGGAGCUUAUUCUGUUCUACUCGAGACUGAUCCAAAACUGUGACAUUCAGAAACUUCCUGAGCCCCACAGUUCUCUCCAUGAACUGUAAAGAAUGUAGCAAACGGAGCCAUAUCCUUUAUGUGAAAACAAUCAUUUGUGCAUACAUACUGUAUUAUGACCAUGGAUAUCUGUGUGGUCACAAAUUUAGCACUUUUUAACUUAAUAUCAGUAUUUCAUUAAAUGACUAUAAUUGAUGUUUUUGUCUAAUUGGAUUGCUGCCUACUUUAGAAAUUAUGGAACAUGAUAUCUAAACAAGGGUUGUCAAAUGAUUAACAUUUUUGUUCAUAUUAAUCAUUUGAUGUUAGAAAAAUCAUUUGUGCAUACAUACUGUAUUGUGACCAUGGAUAUCUGUGUGGUCACAAAUUUAGCACUUUUUAACUUAAUAUCAGUAUUUCAUUAAAUGACUAUUAUUGA